CCGGCCCACUGACACUCGGAGGCUUGCUAUUCUUGGUAAUCGGACGGACAACCGCUCCUGUUCAAAUACGCCUAGAUUCCCUGCGGCUAAGAAAGGUCUGGAGAAAUGUGAUUCUUUCGCUCUUUCGUUCAUUCACUCUGACUUUCCAUAUUUAAUCGUUUUACGUCCCUCGUUCACGUUCGUUCCGGUCAUCGUUGUUCAUAAUCAUCGCCCACUAUGUCGGGCUGUACCGAAGUCACACCCUUAUGUCCUGUCGAGGCAUCAACAUAUGGCUACUACCCCAACUUAGGCGGCAACAUCUUCUUCACUGUCUUCUUCGGCAUCUGCGGAAUUUUUCAGCUGUUCUUCGGUGUCUACUACCAAGCAUGGGGCUUCGCGACAGCCCUGGUCAUCGGCGCCUUCCUCGAAGUCGCAGGCUACAUCGGCCGGGUCCUAAUGCACUAUAACCCAUGGUCGCCACCAGCGUUCAAGCUGCAGAUCGUCUGUCUGAUUCUUUCGCCUACGUUUAUUGCUGCUGGGAUUUACCUUACUAUCAAGCAUAUCAUAGCGUACCUGGGCCCUGAGCACUCGAAGCUCAAGCCGAAGCUGUUUACGUGGAUAUUCAUCGGGUCGGAUAUUGGGUCGCUUCUUCUGCAGGCUGCUGGUGGUGGUGUCGCGGCUUCUGCGGGGAGUACCGAUCAGGCAUUGCUUAAAACCGGGGAUGAUAUUAUGAUUGCUGGUAUCGCGUUCCAGGUGGCUACGAUGUCGGUUUGCGGUUUUCUCACGCUGGACUUCUUCCUCAGAUUCAGGAAGAACGGCAGAGGUCUGUCGGUGGAGAAGGAGCAGGAUGGAUAUAUCUCGCCCCGGAAUAUGAUGUUGGUUAUCGGGGGUGAGGUCUUUGCCUAUGUCACCGUUUUGAUCCGGUGUAUUUACCGUCUCCCCGAAAUGGCAGGCGGCUGGGGCAACCCGUUGAUGCAAAAGGAGAACGAGUUCCUCGUUCUUGACGGAAUGAUGAUUGCACUGGCUGUGCUCUCGUUUACCAUCCUCCACCCUGCUUUCUUUCUUAGGUCUAUGCGGAAAGGAAGCUGGGGGAAACCGCGUGUGCCGUAACUUACGGCACUACAUACACCUCUCUCGUACAUAUGAAAACUCACCAAUAAUGAUGAUACCCGCAUGUUUGGACAGCGUUAUAACACAUAACUAGAGUAUACAAAACAGAUGAUGCAAGUUUCAUUCUUUCAUAUCCAG